AACAUCCAAAUUGCCCUUUGCCGCAUCGACUGAAACUUUGCAAGGACUAUGGCGUCGCUGUUCCGCAUAACAUCGAACAACAUAUUCAGGCCUUCGUCACGGUCAUUCGCGACGGUGGUACAAACAAAAGUAGCGUCUAAAUCAGAACCAAACACCCACUUCAAAAUUACUCUCCGCCGCUCCGCAAUUGCACUAGGCGAACGGAAGAAGGAAACCUUGGUAGCACUCGGGCUGCAUAGACGUAUGCAAACCGUGUACCAUGUCCACAGUCCAGAAGCUGCAGGAAAAAUUCUCAAAGUGAAGGAAUUAGUCGAGGUUGAGAAUGUACCAGCAAAGGCUGUGCGCUCUCAGUCAGAGCAGAGGAAGGAGAGGAAGGCAUCUAGAGGGUACCAGGUACAGGGCACAAAACUGGGAGAGCUUGCAUGGGAAACUUCAUGACCAGUUAUAUGCCUCUAUUGUUAUUUGAAGAUUCGAUAACCUUUUCAGGUGGUGUCUGUUUUCGCUCUCUGCCAUCAUGUUGUCUUUCAUCGGAACAAUGAAAUUCGUGAUGCGGCUUUUAUCUUUCGAAGCAGAUGCCUCGUGGCUCCACCAUGAGCGUGUCUGACUACCUGAUUGAUCGUUGACAUACAGCUCAAGCAU